AAAACUUCAGACAAUAAAAUUAAUCCCCUUAUGGUAGAUCGUACAGACUUCAAAAUUUUAAAAUACUCGAAACGCUCAAUUUUAGAAUAGUAACGGCAUUUGCCAUCCGUGGAUACAACAGCACAUCGAAGCUCCAGCUUUGUCUUGCUUUUUUUCGCUUUUUAUCCAGCUUCGGGAACCAACAUAAUCAAGAACGAUACAAAAUGACCAAGAGAACGGCUACGACGGAAUUAAAUCGAGAUAACUGGGAUGUGGAAGAAGAACCGGAAGAAAUCGGAGUUUUUAAAAAAGCUUCAAAGGAAGAUAUGAGCAAAAGAGUAAUAAAAGUGGGAAAGAGACGUACUACCCAGCCCGCAAAUGGCACAAACGUAUUCGCUGGAUUUGGUGGUUUCAAUAUUCCAAAUAGUACUUCCAACAAUCCAUUUACAAAUUUAUUUAGCAACAUAUCGUCCAACAAUAGUCAAAGUAGUAAAUCAGAGGACACAAAUACUUCAGGGAAUGACACGAAAUCAAAUGAGGAUGAAAAGAACAAACUAAUUUUUCCAAAAGCGACGUUUUCAUCAGACAGCCUGUUUUCGUCUCAAUUUAAAAAUGGCAGCAACGAACUUCCAUCGAAGGAAGGAUCAAAAGAGGGGCCAAAAGCUGAUAAACAAGGAGUUUAUCUAUCUAAACUUAAAGGUUUAAAUGAGACACUAUUAGAAUGGAUCAAAUUGCACAUUGAGCAAAAUCCGACGUGCAUAUUAUCACCGGUGUUUACGGACUAUGAUAACUACCUUAAAGAGAUUAGAGCUGAACGGGAUACAGGGCAAAAAGAUAACGAACAGACGACAUCUUUUAGCACAUUUAAAUUCUCUAAGUUACCUAUUAAUGAAUCAUUGACAAAUAGUUCAGCCCAAAAGCAAGUACAAAAAGAAGGAGACAUUUCACCAAAUAAAGACAAACCUUCGCCAUUUACAUUUGGUGCGUCUUCAGUAACAAAUCCUCUUUUAUCAUCCAAUACAACGACUAGUUUUAACAUACCUACAUUUGAAAACAUGAAAAAACCCACAACUUUUCAAAGUACAUUUACAAGUGGAAACAGUGGUUCUGAAACUACCGAUGGCAAUAAAGAUGGCAAUGAAGAUGAAGUGGCUGGAGAGAAGUAUAAUUUAGUUCCUGUAGUUGAAGAAGAAGCAUUGUUUUCACAAAGGGUCAAACUGUUUGUUAAAAAUGACAAUAAUUAUGCAGACAGAGGUGUUGGCACGUUGUACAUUAAAAGCAUAAGUGGGAAGCACCAAGUUAUCGUGAGAGCAGACACCAAUUUAGGAAAUGUACUUUUGAACUUCAUCCUCAACAAAGACAUACCAAGCGAGAGAGUCGGUAAAAACAACGUUACGGUCGUGUGCAUCCCAACUCCCGACUCGAAACCGGCUCCGGUACCGGUUUUGCUCAGGGUGAAAACUGAGCAGGAGGCUGAUAAACUAUUAGAGGUCAUAAAUAAAUACAAGAACACAGAAGUUCAAAGCAGUGACUGACUCAACAAAUUUCCCUGAUCAAUUUAAUUUCAGAAAACUGACUAUUAAAUAAAAUUAAAAGAGAA